AGCCCAGAGCUGCCUGGUCGGAGGGGCUGGUGGGCGCGGGGUGCUGGCCGCGUCUGCCAGGCAGAGCGAGGGCGCCUUUCUGAAGGAAUCCGUCUUGUAAAGCCAUUGGUCCUGGUCAUCAGGCGCUACCCAAUGCUCUGGUGAUGCUGCUGCUGAUCUAUUUGGGAAGUUGGCUGCCUGGCGCGGCCGAGCCUCCGCUCAAAGCCGGGCUCCCCCGGAAAAUAUGCUCAGUGCCGCCGCGUGCAUGAAGGCGAACGCCGCGGGGCGCGUCUAGUCGGGCACCAUGCAGCCGCCAACUCCGCUCGUCCUGUGCGUCCUCCUGUCCCAGGUGCUGCCGCGAACAUCUGCAGACACUUUGCCGUGCACGCCAGGCUUCCAGCAGAAAAUUUUCCACAUUCAGCAGCCAGCUGAGUUUAUUGAGGACCAGGCGAUUCUGAACUUGACCUUCAGCGACUGUAAGGGCAAUGACAAGCUCCACUAUGAGGUCUCGAGUCCUUACUUCAAGGUGAACAGUGAGGGCAGGUUGGCUGCCCGAAGGAAUGUCACUGCCGUGGGCAAGACCCUAUUUGUGCAUGCGAGGACUCCUCACGCAGAGGACAUGGCAGAACUGGUGAUCAUUGGUGGGAAAGAAAUCCAGGGCUCCCAGGAUAUAUUUAAAUUCACCAGAACAUCGCCUGUCCCAAGACAAAAGAGGUCCAUUGUGGUAUCUCCCAUUUUAAUUCCAGAGAACCAGAGACAACCUUUCCCAAGAGAUGUUGGCAAGGUGGUGGACAGUGAUCGGCCUGAGGGGUCCAAAUUCCGGCUCACAGGCAAAGGGGUGGACCAGGAGCCUAAAGGCAUCUUCAGAAUUAAUGAGAACACAGGAAGUGUGUCGGUGACCCAGACGCUGGACAGAGAAGCCAUUGCUACGUACCAACUCGCAGUGGAGACCAUCGAUGACAGUGGCAGGACUCUGGAGGGACCCGUUCCACUGGAAGUCAUCGUGAUUGACCAAAAUGACAACAGACCCAGCUUCCGGGAAGGACCCUAUGUGGGCCAUGUGAUGGAGGGAUCCCCUACAGGGACCACAGUGAUGCGGGUGAGUGCCUUCGAUGCAGAUGACCCAGCCACGGACAAUGCGCUGCUGCGGUACAGCAUCCGCCAGCAGACCCCUGAUAAGCCAUCUCCCAACAUGUUCUACAUCGACCCCGAGAAAGGGGACAUCGUCACCGUGGUGUCACCUGCACUGCUGGACAGGGAGACUCUGGAAAACCCCAAGUACGAAUUGAUCAUUGAGGCCCAAGACAUGGCUGGGAUGGAUGUGGGGUUAACGGGCACAGCCACAGCGACCAUCCUGAUUGAUGACAAAAACGACCAUGCGCCAAAGUUUACCAAAAAAGAGUUUCAGGCCACUGUGGAGGAAGGAGCUGUGGGCGUGAUUGUCAACCUGACGGUGGAGGACAAAGACGACCCCAGCACAGGCGCCUGGAGGGCCGCCUAUACCAUCAUCAAUGGGAACCCCGCGCAGAGUUUUGAGAUCCGCAGCAACCCGCUGACCAACGAGGGCAUGCUGGCAGUGGUGAAGCCACUGGACUAUGAAAUUUCCGCCUUCCACACCCUACUCAUCAAGGUGGAGAACGAGGACCCGCUGGUGCCCGGCAUUGCCUACGGGCCCAGCUCCACGGCCACGGUGCACAUCACGGUGCUGGACGCCAACGAAGGCCCCGUCUUCUUCCCCGACCCCAUGACGGUCACUCGCCGCGAGGAUGUCUCGGUGGGCACCGUCCUGCUGACCGUCAAUGCUACAGACCCCGACUCCCUGCAGCACCAGACCAUCAGGUACGCUGUCUACAAGGACCCAGCAGGCUGGCUGAACAUCAACCCCAUCAACGGGACCGUGGACACCAAGGUCUUGCUGGACCGGGAGUCCCCGUUUGUGCAUAACAGCGUGUACAAGGCCCUGUUUCUGGCCAUCGACAGUGGCAACCCACCUGCCACAGGCACUGGCACUCUGCUCAUUAACCUGGAGGAUGUGAAUGACAACGCACCUAUCAUCCACCCCACGGCAGCCGAGGUCUGUGAGGACGCCAAGAACCUCAGUGUGGUCAUUCUGGGCGCAUCAGACAAGGACCUGCACCCCAACACUGAGCCCUUCAAGUUCGAGAUCCACAAACAAGCUUCAGCUGACAAGGUCUGGAAGAUCUCAAAGAUCAACAACACACAUGCCCUGGUCAGCCUCCUCCAAAACCUGAACAAAGCCAACUACCACCUGCCCAUCGUGGUGACCGAUUCAGGGAAACCACCCAUGACGAACGUCACGGACCUCAGGGUGCAAGUGUGCUCCUGCAAGAAUUCCAGAGUAGACUGCAACAGGGCAGGGGCCCUGCACGCCCAUACUGCCCUGCUCCUGCUCCUCGGCCUUCUGCUCUCCAGCCGUGUGUGUAAGUAG